AUGCACCCAAGUCCAACUAAAGGGAAUCAUUCCCUAUAUUUACUCCCGGUUUCAUUUGUAAGUGGAAUAAUAGUAUCUUGGUUAAUCAGAUCCAAUUAUCAAACUGUGACACCAAGCAGCAUAACGCAUUCUCUACCUAAAUUUCAGUUACCUAUUAACACAUUAGGGUAUGACGAUUUGAGAGAAUGUAUCAAAAGCACGUCGUUGCCUUUGCAGUACUGUUAUGAUGGAUUCAGUGGUUCUACUAUUUUUGAAGCACACGUUGGAUUCGGUAAGGAUACUGGCGAACAAUAUAAGGAGUGCAUUUCUAAUGUGGGUUACUUAAUUAACUCUAAUGAAGACAUGUCAAAAGACAAGGUUUUAAUGAGUGUUGAGAAUUGCAUUAAAGGUGCACAAUACACACCUGAAUGGAUUGUAAAGCCAGCCAGCCAGAGAUCUCGACUGUUAUUGGGAAGGAUCUUUAAGAAGACCUAUGAGUUUUUUAAGUUUUUAGUAGUACUCAGCAUUUUGGGUUUUCAAGGAUAUUUGUUUAGUGAGAGCUACUUGAGCAAACACAAGGAUCUUGAAGAUUAUGAGUCUCUGCCACAAGCCCAAGCCCAAACAGAAACCAAGACUGAGGAGAAGCAGAGAACUCAAAAUGUAUUGCAUCAGAAGGAGAAGAAGCCAAGUGAGGUUCAUAAGAACAGGAAAUCUCCGGUAAAGGUAGACAUUCAGGCAAAACCAAGGGCCAUGCCAGCGGUAGAGUCUGAGAACACAGUUCCAGAGGAUAAUACGACAGCGGCUAUUGCAAAACAUACUGUACAGAGUCAUGGCAAUCUUCCAAGUUUACAAAGUUUGCCAAAAAACAGUUUAGUUGCCACACAGAGUAAGAACCGAGUGAUUAUCAACUGUAAGGAGAAGGGACUAGUGUUUGAUAUGACUACGAAGGAGGGCGUUCAAAAAUGGCGGGAUUACGUGAACCGCGGGAAGUCACAUCCAUCACCUAUUGAGGAAAAGGCAAUGGUGCCAACACAAGUAUGUUUAACACCAAUACCAAAUCCACCAGUUGACUUCAGUCGCAUUUCUCUUUACGAUCACAAUGGAAAGGCGUUCCGUCGAAUUUUUGUACCUGGUCUCGGAUGGAUAACCAGAGACAGAUGCAUACAACUAAUGCAGGAACAAGGUUACAAGGAAAACCAGGCUAGAGGAUUAGACUAUUAA